AUGGAUGGUUCCAAAACCGUUUCGUCAAAGGCUUCCUUAACCUUGGAUCUGCCUCCUAGUUGUAUCCAGUUCUGUAAACUGCAUCCCAACUUGUUCGUGGUGGGAACUUACAACCUCGAAAGAAACGAGGAUUUCCAAAAAGAGACUGACAACGACGAUGACACUGAUACUGAUACUGCAACCGCAACUAAGACACCACAAAGCCGCAAUGGGAGCUUGCUAGUCUUCAAUGUCGUUGGUGACGACUUUCAUCUUGUUCAGACAGUUUCGCAGCCUUCAGCUAUUCUAGACCUCCGGUUCCAUCCCCAGAAAGGCAGAGAGUAUAUUAUGGCUGUAGUGUCCAGCACUGGGACACUGGCUGUGUUCAAGCUUGACCCGAAGGCAAAUCCCUCAGCUCCUUUACAGCAUAUAUCAACAAGCAGAUGUGACGAUAUUCCAGAAGAUGUCUUGUUCCUGCAAUGUAACUGGCAUCCUGACAUCCCAGAUCUGAUUGGUCUCACAACUUCGACAGGCUCUGCUCGAAUAUUACAUUUGGACGACGAGUACCGCAUCACUCAGAACUACACUGAUCUCAGUAUUGCCAAUUCCCUCGAGGCCUGGUGCAUUGCAUUCUCACACGCAACACCAGAUUCAACUAAGGAUAAGGCCCAAGUCGCAGCUUAUUGCGGUGGAGAUGAUUCCAUGCUUCGCUACACGUCCUGCAUUUGGGAUUCAAGUGAGCCUGAUUCCCCGUGCGAAGAACCAUAUUCGCCCGCAACUAUCAAGCGGGCACAUGAUGCAGGGGUCACAGCAAUUCUGCCACUUUUCCCACUCACAAGGAACUCAGGCAGAGUAGUUGUGACAGGCAGCUACGACGACCAUCUACGUGUUUUCGUUAUACACGAUCUGCACGAAUCAUAUGGCAUGAAAAAGGUCGAACUAGUGCUUGAGCAAAACCUAGGAGGAGGUGUCUGGCGAUUGGAUCUGGUCAAAAUACAAGAUUCUAAAGAGUCUAUAAAAGUGAGGAUCCUCGCUUCAUGCAUGCAUGCAGGCGCAAGACUUUUGGACCUGGAGGUCAAGAAUGACAAAGACUGGUGUUGCGAGAUUCUGGCGAAGUUUGAAGAACACAAGAGCAUGAACUAUGGAAGUGACUUUAUUCGGGAUGAUGAGCCUUCUGGGGUUGUGCGGUGUGUGUCGACAAGCUUCUAUGAUAAGCUGCUCUGUCUCUGGCAGUAUGCGCCAGCCAAUGAAUAG